AUGACAUCAAAAGAUAACAUUGUGCCAACCUCGGACCCCCACGCUGUGUUUUCUCGGACAAAUGCAGCAACUCAGGACGGCCUAGGCGAUAUCAGACAACAUCGCAGAAGACCAACUAUUUCCCAAUUGGCUAUCCAGCGCCACAAAGACACGAAGGAUCACCUCAAUUGCGCGGGGAUGGCAGAUCAAACCAGCAACCCCCAACCUGGAACUUUGCUUGCACCUAGUGAAGUGGCGUGCGGGGAUGCCACGGGUACAGAAAGACUCUCUGGCGCCUUUCGGGUUUCCGGGCUUAACCAUGGCGAAGGCAUCCUGCGUCGACGGGAAGGUCGAAUAUUUUACCUACCCGCCGUAUCCUCAACACUAGUACAGGGUUCUUUGCUGAUCCUUAACGACCAACGGCGGACUUGCUCCGCACAAGCUUCCACAUCAAGAGUCGUGAGGGGAAGGCAUCUGAAGCGUCCUGGUUAUUAUGGCGAGGCGAAGCUAUAUUAUCCGGUCGUUCUCCUAGAGGGAACUCAGGAUGCCGCGUAUGCGGAACUUGAAGUUUCAGCUAAACAUAUUCCAAUGAAGGAGCAUCAAACAACGGACGGCCCAAUGCCUGCCACCGACCCAACUGUACAAGUUGAAAAGAGUCGCGCUACUGAGGGUGAUGGCCAGGAUGAAGUUGCUCAAGUCGAGAACAUAGUGGAAGCUGUUCGAGAGGGCCAAACCAUUUCACCUGCCAUGCGAGAAAAGAUAUCAGAGCAUUAUGCUGAGCUGACUCAGGAUACCAACGCAGCCCCUGAAGGGGAUGUGAAUGCAAUUCUGGAGCGAAUUCUUGCCAUGACCGAAGAGGAGGCUGUUGAUGUACUGGUUGGCGCCAUUGCUUUUCACAAAGAUGAUCCCAACUUUCCCAGUGAGACCAUGGCCCGUAUCAAACACCUGGUGCAGGGUUCCAAGGUUGCGGACAUGGACGAUGCAGACUGGUCAUUUGAAGUUCGUACAGAAGCUUCCAUGAUCAAGUACCAUUCCCCAUAUCCAGAAGUCAGAUCCGUCACAGAUCCUUUCGACGAUCCUACUAUUCCCGUGGAGACAUUCCGGGCGUACUUCCUUGGCCUUGUAUUCAUGGCCGGCGCAACCUCCCUCAACACAUUCUUCAGUCCUCGUCAGCCAGCCAUCUCGAUCGGUUCCAACGUUCUCCAGCUUCUGGUCGCCCCUUGCGGUCUGUUUCUGGCCAAAACCCUACCGGACUGGGGCUUUACUGUACGAGGAACUCGACACUCUCUGAAUCCCGGACCAUGGUCGUACAAGGAACAAAUGUUUGCCACUAUAAUCUUUACUGUGGCCAACAAUGUGGGUGGCACGUACUACGUGUAUCUGGUGCAGAAGCUCCCUCAGUAUCUGGAUCAGAGCUGGGUAUCUUUCGGCUACGAAAUCGUGCUUGCUCUGGCUGUACAGUUCUUUGGCUUUGGCUUCGCAGGUUUACUUCGACGAUUUGUUGUCUUCCCCGUCACGGCCAUCUGGCCCAAGAUCCUCCCAAUUCUUGCACUUAACCGCGCGCUCAUCAAGCCAGAGAAGAAGAACGAGGUCAUCAAUGGCUGGGGCCUUACGCGGUACAAGUUUUUCUUCUUGACGUUUGGUGCCAUGUUUUUGUACUUUUGGAUCCCCAACACGCUCUUUACGGCCCUCCGCUCCUUCAACUGGUUGACGUGGAUUGCCCCUGAGAACUUUGCCCUGGGAAUGAUCACCGGCUUCUACGGCGGCAUGGGGUUCAACCCAGUGGCCACGUUUGACUGGAACGUCGCUGGUACGGGUUUCCUCAUUACACCGUGGUGGAGUGCGAUUCAGCAAUAUGGCGCUCGAGUACUAUCCGGUCUCAUCAUCAUCGGCAUGUACUGGGGAAAUUACUACUGGGCGGCAUACACGCCCAUCAACAGCAACGAAGCGUUCAACAAUAAGGGCGAGAUCUACAACGUGACCAUUAUUUCGGACGGCAACGGAGGCAUCAACAUGGACGAGUACAAGAAGUACGGCCCGCCGUACUUUUCCGGCGCCAACGUCUUUGGGCAAGGCGCCUGGUUUGCCUGGUACCCCCUAACGCUGUUCUACGUCUCCAUCAAGUACUGGGAUAUGCUGAAGAAGUCGGGGCGUGAGAUGUGGCGAUCCAUACGCUACAGGACAUCCAUAUGGGAAGGCAACACCGAUUCUCACAGCCGCAUGAUGGGGCAGUACAAGGAGGUUCCGGACUGGUGGUUCUUUGCCAUUCUCCUCGUAUCAAUGGGCUUUGGCAUUGCCGCCCUCAAGGUCUGGCCGACACACACGCCGUGGUGGAUUGUUCUCACAGUGAUUGGACUAAGCGGCGUGUUUCUCAUCCCGUCUGCUCUCCUGAUGGCCAGCGCCAAUGUCAACAUGGGCUUCAACGUGCUCUUCCAGCUCCUCGCGGGCGUUUGGUUCGCUGGCAACGCCUCCGCUCAGAUCAUCGUCACGGCGUUUGGCUCAAACUUCAAUGCCCAAGCGGAUACCUACAUAUCCGACCAAAAGAUUGCGCACUACGCCAAGCUCCCGCCUCGGGCUGUGUUCCGGGGCCAAAUGCUCGCUGCCUGUCUAAACACCUUCAUCUUCAUCGGCAUGCUCAACUGGAUGGUGGACAACUUUGACAACGGCACGCUCUGUACGUGGAACAACGCAAAUCACUUUGUCUGCACGGAUGCCGUGCUCGUCUUUGCCAGUGCGGUCGAGUACGGCGCCUUUGGCGUGAAGAACAUGUUCAAGCUGUACCCCAUUCUGCCGUGGUGUUUCUUGAUGGGCUCUCUGAUCGGAAUCGCAUGGGGCGUCGUCCAGCGCUUCGGUCCCGCGAUCCGAGACUCUGCUCGUCGUCGGUGGUCUGAAGCCAGAUUCGCAACUUGGAACCGCUACCUGUUCUACCCGCUGGGCAUGCUCAACAUGUUUGACCCGGCCGUCACCUGGCACGGGGCCUUGAACUGGACGGGAGGCAACAACCUCUCAUACGCCACCAACGGCAUAUACAUUUCCUUUGUGUUCAUGUACUGGAUCAAGAGGCGCUACAAUGCCUGGUGGGAAAAGUACAAUUACAUCCUCGAGUCCGGGUUUGACGUUGGCGUGGCGAUAUCUGCGAUUGUGCAGACCUUGGCGUUGAGUUUCGGCGCUCACGUCACGUUGAAGUGGUGGGGGAACACGGUGGCCACGGCUGGCGUUGAUUUCAAGUCGUAUAAUCAGAAUGCGACGCUUUUGCCAAUUCCGCCGGUUGGCUAUUUUGGUAUUCCGCCGGAGGAGUAUCCCAUGGAUUUCUGA